UGUUAAAAUGGCUAUUAUUUUGUAUGCAUAGAGGUUUGUUUUAUAAAGGAAUUUUAAGGCUUUAUCAUUUGCAGAACUUGAUAACACAUAUUGUGUUACUGACUUUUUGGUGUUGAAUUCGGACUUUGGAUAAUUAUAGGGAGAAAAAAUGUGACCCAACCUGCAGUGAUCCAACAAAGUUCAAGUUAUUUAUUGUGUUUUAAAUUAUCUAAGUCCGGUCAGACCACGAGCAUUCCUGCAGCAGUCCACGCAGUUCCGUAGAUGAAUGUGUAGAGUGUCAGGCGGUGGAGACCCUGUUGUCCAUCUCUGCAUCCAGUCCGGCCAGCAGUGACCGCUCCUCUGUCAGCAUGGACUUUGACAUUGACCAGGCGUCGGUUAGUGAGUCAUGGAGUUUGAGGGACACCCAUUCCCCCCCAGGGCAAAGUUAUUCUGCAACUCCAAUAUGUUUCCAUGGUUCAGGGUCGCCUUUAUAUACCCCACCCCGAAGGAGGGAGUCAAUAUUAGCACAGCUCCUGAUGGAAGCACAGAGUGUUUCAGAGUGCAGGCAACCGUAUGUCUGCACAUCGCCCCCUAGACAAGACCACUUGAGAGGUCAGCCUGUCUCAGUCAUAGUGGAAAACAAUGCAAACAGAGUGGACUUAAGUGACAGUAUUUCCAGUGCAUUGGCAGGUUUUAAGUCAAACAGUUCAGCCUACACUGAAACGUUACCAUCAUCACCUGUUAAAAGUUUUGCACAAGAUCCCGUAGUUUCUAGUCAUUCUAAUUUACCAAAGUUGUUUUCAGAAAAAUCUCCUAUUCUGCGACAGCACCUGUGUUCUCCUAAAUUUAGUACACAAAGUCGGCAAAUUCUUGGACUCAAACCGUUAUCAGGCGACAAACUGUUGAAAGUUUCUCAGUCCAAUCAAACAGAGGUUUCAGAUAGUGCUUUAUCAACACCAUCUCCAUCAACCGUAGCAUCAAUAAUGGUCACUCCUCAGCAGAUGUCAGCAUGGGGAACGAAUUCCACGUCCACAAUUAAGAUCCCAAUAAUGCUGCAAGCGCCUCCAAACUGUUCAAUAGCUAACGGUGUCCCACAGAUUCUUCAAGUAGUUGUAAUGAACAAUUAUUGUCUACCAAAUACUACUUGCACACCACUAGUCAAUGAUGGUUUGUGCAAAAUUGCGCCGACUCCGUUUACAAAUGGACAGAGCUACAAGUUGCCAGUGAGCUCUGAGACCAAUGACAGUCACAGUCGACCACACAAAUGCACGUACAAAGAAUGUGGCAAGAGUUACAUCAAGAGUUCCCAUUUGAAGGCACACAUUAGAAUACAUACAGGAGAGAAACCAUUUUGCUGCACAUGGGACAGCUGUGGUCGUAAGUAUGCGCGCUCAGAUGAAUUAUCCCGACACAGGCGCACUCACACAGGCGAGAAAAAAUUCAUCUGUCCGCAGUGUGGCCGCGGUUUUGUGCGUAGCGAUCAUCUCACAAAACAUAUUGGUCGCCAUAGCAACACUAGCAGACAGAAGAGCUAUAAGGUCACCAAUGAUGUUCCUUUAGCAAUGAAAAAAGUGUUGGACGAGAUAAUAGAUCCGCUUAAAGCAUUGGAGGACGACUUGAUUAUUCCUCUUUCCGGUAGUCGAAGGAUCAUGGCCAGUAGUUCAACUGUGAUAGAGUCAUUGCAUGAGGACAUGAAGUUCUCUAGCAUGGACAACGAUGAUUCUGUUAUGUCAUGGUCCGCAGAUGCUCUGUGCAAGGAUGUGCCCCAAGCUGUCUGCGAUUAGAGCCAUUUUUGUGAACUGACUCAUUUAUUUAUAUUUCUUUGUUCAGUAGAAUUGUGUAUUAAAUACUUAAAUAUUUGAAAUACUGCAUAAGUGUUUAGGCGGAAGAGGAAAUCCUGUUAUAAGGCCUUGCCAAACUAAAUUCACAGCUCCCAAUUGACCUUUGUUGAUUGUCAGCAUCUUACUGAUUGUAAUCAUCAGGGUUUUGGUAGUAUGUUUGAUUUUCAUCUUUAUGUUUUGCCAAAAUGUCAUUUUUUUUUCACAUUUUAAUGGUAGAAACAUUGGCAUACAUUUUUUUAUCAGUGAUCAGUUAUACUAUUGAUGAUCAAUUUGGAUGAUGUUGGAAUAUUACAUGAAUUUAUUUUAAUUUGUCAUUUAACUGUAUAGCUUUGCAUAAUCACAUCAGUGUAAUUUGAGGCAAAAUUUCCUUUCAGUGGUCCCUUUUCCAAAAACAGUUGCCUUAACAUCUCUCUUUUUCAAAGAAUCUUGUAUCAGGUACAUGUGUAUGUCACUGAAGCAGUAGUGUUGCUAGAAAGCAAAAUAAUUUGACCCACCCCUAAGCGUUCUGUUAAGUCAUAUUCUAUCAACAGUUGUUCGAAUUGUUUAAAUGGUGCAUUUAUUUGCUCAGUAUAAAUGUUAAUCAUGUUUAAAUAAGUCAGCCAUAUAGAUAUAAAUUGCACUGUUUAUCUUUGAUUGUAUUUGCAUGUGCCAUUGUUAAGCAUAUAAUUUUUUACAUGUAUAUAACAUGCAGCAUUUUCAUUGACAUAUUUGUUUAAAAUCCAAUGCAUUAUUUAUUUUAUUUAAUGAUAUUAUAAUACUUCUCAUACGUUUUAAUAAUACAUGUAAUCUUAGAUAAAGUAAAUCCAGUAUUCCUAUAAUAAGUCCUUUCAAUUAACAUGUUUCACUUUAGAUUAUAAGAGUUCAGUAUUAUUUUGUAAUCCUAGUACAUGAGUUGAUCUCUUGGAACACCGACUUAGUGCACACGCGUAAAGUAUUGUCCCAGAUUAGCCUGUGGAGUUCGUUAAGUUUAAUCAAAAACGUAACUUUCUGUCUAUACUGGAUUUUCAUUUGGAAAAGACUUUGAUUAAAUAGAGGAUAUUUGUUGAAUUCGGUGGAUUAUCGAUUUUAAUUCACGAGUGAUCAUAGAAAACGAUAUUUUCACGAGUGGCGCAGCCACCAGUGAAAAAAUAUAUUUUCUAUGAUCACGAGUGAAUUAAAAUCGAUAUUCCACCAAAUCAAUCAAAUUUUCUUUUUAUUUUAUGAUUUUUUCACAGUUUAUAUACAUCGUUAAAGAGUUUAACUAAAGAAUUUCGCUGUGAUAAUGACGUCAUUUCGUCACAAAAAUAACGUCAUUUCACAGUAAACAGUGAAAAUAAACGAUAAUUUUCACUGAUAAUUUUUACUGUUUGUAACAGUGAAAUUAUCAGUUUUAAUUCACUGAUAUUUCUCUAUAAACCAUCGGAAAGAAUAAAAUAAAAUGAAAUAUUCCAUAAGCCGAAAGUGUCAUGCUUGAUUAGCCUGUGCAGUUUGAUCAGGAUGGUCCUAGUUUAAUCAGCUCAUAAUUAUCAAGUCUACUCCGAGAGUGAACUGCGUGGGAACUGAUAGAAUCUACAUGAUAAUAAAACGAUGGGAGGUCUCCGAUAUAUUUGUUAUCAUACACAGCUUGCAUGCUAAUGUUGGUCUUUUGGCUAGUCCCAAUACCGGUAUUUUACUUUUUGGUAAAGGAUGGUUAAGAACCAAAUAUAAUGAAGCAUUCCAUUUAAGGGUAAAUUUUCGAACAAAAAGCUUGUGCUUGCAAAUCUUUUGAUAAUUGUAUUUUUGUAUUAAAUGCAUGUUUUGAGGUUGAGGUUUUAGAACUUUUUGAUGACAUAUAUUAAGCAAUAAACUUCAUGUUAAUUAUUAUAAUCACUGGCCUGCAAUCCAAAAAUUACACGACUUUGUAAAGUCAUAGACAUUGUACUGAGAACCCCCAUACCCCCCUCCACCUCCUACCAACCAAUGGAACUGUGUCCAUGAUUGCAUGAACGCAAUUUAAGUACAGUAAAAUGAUUUAAGUACGCUAUCCCUUUUAACGAAAUGGUAAUGAAAAACAUCAUAUGAUACCAAAUAUAUAGCCAGAAUAAACAUUAUAAUGCUCUUAUGACAUAACUUGUUAAAUUAAUUCAUUAUUGGGCAAAGGAAAUGUAAACAUGUUAAAAAUCAAUAAUGGUUUAUUUUUGUAUUCCUUAUUUCUGUUUUGAAUUGAUGUCUUUCAAAUGGCAUUUAAUGAAUGUGACAUAUGACUGUUUCAAAAUGACUGCCAGUUAAUAAGUAUUGGCUUUAGUAUGUAGAUAAAAGAAAUUCUGGAUAUAUUUGGUUCUUAUUGGCUUUAACAGUAGAAAUCUGGUUCUGUGACCUAUAUAGGACUAGUUUUGCGUAUUGCCAAUAAUAUUGGCAUUAUACAAUGUUUAAUGAACCAAUGUUAAUGUUGGUUGAAAAUGUGAACACAUAUAUGACAUUGCGCCAUAAAGAUUAAGGCAGGAAAGCCAAAUUCAUUGAACAUUUGAAGUUGAAGGUAAAUAUUGUGACAGAAAUGUUUACAAACAUAAUUUUAUCAUGCUGCAAAAUAAAAGAUCAUAUAUGAUUCAAUAUAGGGAUAAUACAUGUUUUCGAGGGCAUGAUCAUCUGCGAGCGCUCGAAAAAUCAUAUGAUGAGAGCUCAUAUUAAUGAGAUUUUGAGAGCGCCCGCAGAUGAUCAUGUCCGAGAAAAUGUGUGUUUUUGUUAUUAUUGCAUAAACAAAUCACACAUACCAAAAUAAAUUAAGAUAACAUUGAAAACAAUAUGUUUUGUUCAUUCGACAUUGACAAAAUAAUUUGAUUAUUUCAAUACAGUUCAAGGUUGUGUUUUACAUAUGCCUCACUCGGUCAUCAUCCAAAAUGACGAGGCUUUACUUUCUGAGAGUCAGUGUUCGAUUUAAAAUGUGUUUAAACUGUGGAUUAAUGCAAAGUUAAAAUGCAGCCACGCAAAGUAAGAAAUGAGGAAUUAUUUUGAAAUUUAAAACAGGAUUGUUGAAGGUACAUAAACACUUACAUUUACAGCAUAGUAUUUGAAAGUGUUGAGUAAAUAACCUUAACUUCAUUGACGUUGCCAAUAAAAUAAAGCUGUUGUCAAGAGAGUGCAGAUGGUAUUAUUUGAAAAGUGGAUUGAAAUAGUCAUUGCAAUUAUCCCUGCAUGCAUGAGGAAACUGGUGCUUAUUCAGUUCCCCAUUUAUGCUUGGAAAGUCGUCUAAGGCUGGAGAAGGGAAGUAACUGCGCGUGGACCAGAUUAUGGAUAUGAAGAACAGAUAACAAGGCUUGAACGGCAUGUGAAUCGCCUUGUUAAUACACAAUUUCUCCUGUUCAAGCCCUACUUUUGCCAAGUUUCUGCACCCCGCCAGAGGGCAUUAUAGAUAGAGUUUAUGCAAUAAUGAGAAACAAUGCAUACAAGUUUGUUCUCUUUUCUUUUUCAUUAAAAUUGAUUCCAUGAUUUUAUUUAUUUAAACUAAAUAAUUAAAUUGGAUUCACCUAUGUCACUUGUAUGCUGUUGAACCUUUGUUGUUGCUGUUAUGAACAGUUUAGUGCUUAUUUUAGCUGUUAGUUUGAUGUUGAUCUUAUGCUUCGUUGUUUAUGAAAUAUUGAAGUGAUGUAUUUUAUGUAGUAGAUACAAGUUAUAGAUAUGUUAAUGUUGUUGUUUUUUUAAAUAAGAUGUAGAAACAUUAUCUAAUAACAUGCAAAUUCUGAAUGUAAACAUGAAUAUUAAUUAAAAUACACUAGGUUAAUAAAUGAAAGAAAUUGUGAAAUGCAAUUCAAAUAAACAUUAGUUAUGAUUUUUCAGACAUGAAUAAACCAUCUUCAAAUAAUGUAUACACUCUAUUGAACUCUGUCGUUUUAAGUUUAAUAUAUCAAGUUGAAGCAGUGCAUAAUUUUUAGAAAGGUUAAAGUAUAUUUCAUAGUUCAUGUGGAACUUAUAAUAUAAUCUGUUGUGAAUGAUCUUAUUGCCAUGGUGGAUUUGCGGAGAUUGUGUAUUAUGUUUGUUAGAAAUCCAAUGUAUAAGUCAUACAUAUGAGCCUCGUUCUGUGGAAAGGGGUGUUUAUGCAUGUUUGUCAAGUGUCAUCCCAGAUCAGACUGUGCAGUAUGCACAGGCUACUCAGGGAUGACACUUUCUGCUUAAACAAGAUUUUUGCUUUUGCUAAUAAGAAGCUUUCUUCAAAAGAAAAAUAUCAAAGCGGAAGGUGUCUCAGAUUAGCCUGUGUGGAUUGCACAGGCUAAUCUGGGAAGGCACGUUACGCACAUUUACAGAACGAGGCUAAGUUUUUUCAUUUAAGAUUGCCCUGUAAAAUGACAAGUUGACCUUUUCCAAAUGAAACAACGAUUUAAGAAGCUUUGUUUGAAAAUGUUGUACCAUUUAGAUUGUGAGAUUAUUACUUGUUUAUUUUAAGCUACUGUGCUAUUAGUAUCCACUACCGUUUCGUAAUUACAUCAGAUGUCUCUUGUGGCUUUAUACAAUGCAUAGUUAUUGAUUUGUUAUUGGUCUAUUACAUUGCAUGAGUUUAAUAUGGAUUAAAAAAUUAAAAAAACA